GUUUAUGACGAUUACGAUUUUUUUUCAAUUCGUGGAAAUGCACAUUACAAUGUCACGCGAUCGGCGAUCCUUAUUAGUUUUUAUAAAACAUUAGUAGAAGUAGUAAAGGAUAUUAUUUUUAUUUACAUUUAUAAUUAUGUUCUGGUAGUUUUGUCCAAUGCAAGUCUAUCUGGAUUCCGCAUCAGAUAUUGAGCAUGACAACGGCGUCGAUUCAAAAAUCACCUUAAUGUCCUCAAAAAUCAUGGAAACACGUUAUUACGAAGGAUGUGGGCGCGAGGGUCCCAUCCGAUGCAUAUUUUUAGGUGAAUUCCAUCCAGUGGCAGGACCUAAAAUAUCAUGUCAGUUUCCUGAUGAUUAUGUAUCAAAAGAGCUCUUCGAUUCAAUAAGUGCUUAUAUCAUUCCAAAGCCUCAGAUUCAAAAAUGCACAAUGACUAUAAAUGCACUUGGCCAUAAAAUAGUUGGUUAUCCUAUAAGGAUAGAGAACUCAAGAUAUGAACGUAACAUGUACCUGUUCAACCUUUGCUUUGUAUGUGAUAGCUGGUCGAAGACUGUGCAAUAUGAACCUGUUGUUAAGAAACUGGGUGAACAUUUGACAAUUAUGGAAGAAGAAACUAGAUUUGUGUCGAGUGGUUCGACUAAACUGCCAACGCUGCUCGCUCACUUAUUACACGACCUGAACACUUACAGGAAAGCUACAUUAGUCGAAGGCGAGACCGUAAUGCACUUGAAAGUGCUCGAAGUGCGUAAAGACCCUAUGCCGGUGCACGAUUUCGACGUUCCAGUGCUGGUCGCGUCGGUGGGCCUUCCCCGUCCAGGGAGACCGCCGCGUAAAGUGCCACAGGAAGGCUCUGAACAAAUACCUAGCCAGGAGCAUCUGGACGUGGAAGAUGAAGAACCGUUUGAAGUUGAUAUGGACGCUGAUUGGGACCUUACGACCCGACAGCUUCUACCGCACAUAAAUGGUUACAACCACGUGUCGAAGAUAGCGUCUGAUACGAACGUGGAGAAAACUCUCGUCAAAUCGUGUAUACAAAAUUUGGUUUAUUAUGGAGUGGUAGUUCUGAUACCAGUGUUGAAGUUCAGUAACAUGUACCGAGCCACACCGAGUCUCAGCAGACUGUUCAGUGACCACGAAAUGCAGAAAUCUUGUAUUUCUUUCCUCAGCAACGACGGCGAAAAUAAAGAAAAACCAGUCCUGUCAGAUGUGCUUGGAAUACUCUGCUCGCUACAGCAAGGAACAACUCUGAGAACUGUGUGCGAACGAUUUUUUCCAUCGCCAGGAGUGCCUUUCGACGUCCGUCGCUUGGUUGUGUUCGCGCAGAUACACGGCCUUGUUAAGUGUUUGAAAAGGUAUCCUGUCUACGUCCGAAGUCCGGUUCGACCCAACGGUUUUACCCCACGUUUGGACUCCAUGCUGGGCAUCCGGCGACUCUUCACCGGCAAGCACAGUGUUGAUGAGAUUUGCUGUCUCGCGCGGAUCGACUUGGCAACUCUCGAUCAGAUCAUAGAAGACGAUUCCAACGUCGCUAUAAUAUGGAGGUAGAUUAAUUACCCCUAAUGAUUCCACAA